AUGAAAGUUAUGAACAGCUGUUGCUUACGUGGUCAAGGGGAUCAUUCACAACCAGCUUCAUUGAGUUUCGCAACUUGUGUACGUGACAGAUGUGGUGCAGAAUUAUGGGGAUGUAAUAUUAAAAAACGUCAUACUGGUUUUCUAACUGACCAAGAAAUGAAUAUAUUAAACAGAAAGAAAGCAAAGCUGAGGAUAAGUAUGUAUUAUCUCCAAUUUGGAAAACGUUUAAUUGUUUGA